UGCCGCCCUGCCCGAUGUUACCGGUAUUGUAAGAACAAACCCUACCCAAAGUCCCGCUUCUAUCGAGGUGUCCCUGAUGCCAAGGUUCACAUUUUUUACCUGGGCUGGAAGAAAGCAAAGGGGGAUGCAUUCCCACUGUGUGGCCACAUGCUGUCGGAUGAGGAUGAGCAGCUCUCUUCUGAAGCCCUGGAGGCUGCCCGCAUCUGUGCUAACAAGUACAUGGUGAAAAGUUGUGGCAAAGAUGGCUUCCACAUCCGAGUGCGGCUCCACCCCUUCCACGUCAACCGCAUCAACAAGAUGCUGUCAUGCGUUGGGGCUGACAGGCUCCAAACGGGGAUGCGAGGUGCUUUUGGGAAACCUCAAGGCACGGUGGCUAGAGUCCACAUUGGCCGGGUUAUCAUGUCCAUCCGCACCAAGCUUCAAAACAAGGAACGUAUGAUUGAGGCCUUACGCAGGGCCAAGUUCAAGUUCCCUGGGCACCAGAAGAUCCACAUCUCCAAGAAGUGGGGCUUCACCAAGUUCAAUGCUGAUGAGUUUGAGGAUACGGUGGCCGAGAAGCGCCUCAUCCAGGAUGGUUGUGGAGUCAAAUACAUCCCUAACCGUGGCCCCUUGGACAAAAAUUCAAAUAUCUUAACUCAAAAUUUAAGCUCCACUUUAGAAGAAGUUUCCGAACCCUCCUUGAAGCCCACCUGUGACUACAGAGAUCCAUGA